GGAGAGCAUCCUUUGUCUGUAUCUCGUUGUUUAACCUUCCCCCAAGCCAUCAAUAAAAUCACCUCUCAUCAACGAUCCGUCUUUGUCAAUUCGUCUUCUUGCUCUAGCUGCCUUAAUCUGACAUCAGUCAGCCUCCUAUUCCUCUCUCUUCCAAGGACCAUCACCCUACAACUUGCGUCCGCGAGAAGCUGUUGACAUAGCCAGUAUGGCGAGAGCAACUUUCGCUGAUCUAGUCUAUGGAAGACCUCCAUUACUGUUCCUCAUAUCAGUAAUAUCUGUAAUGAUUACACCGAACCAUGCCUUCCAUUUAGCACUACGGGUUUCAGACAGUUGUCCCAGUUCGUACCAGAAAUGUGGAGCUGCUGGGCUGCCAGGCUCAUUUUGCUGUCCUUCUUCCUCAGCCUGCAUCAGUCUAGACAAUGCAAGCUCGGCCAUAUGUUGCCCUAAGGGUCAAGCGUGCACAUACAUUGAACCCAUCAAUUGCAACAUACAGCUGCAAAAUGCCACUCUUCACCCAACAAACCCAGUCAAGACCAUCAGACUCGAUGAUCAGCUGCCCAAGUGUGGCAAUUCAUGUUGUCCGUUCGGAUAUAAAUGCAAAGGAAACCAGCUGUGUGAGAUGGACAAUAAUCUCGCGUCAACCCCAGCCCCCAGUGGGAAUCCUAUAUUGGCGACCACCGGGACAUCUUCAACCGUCUCGGUCACAUUCACGGCAUCAGACGUUUUACCCACGACUGAUCAGUUGAGACCAACAACCCUAUCGCCCUCUGAUGCGAAUCCCUCAGCUUCAAACUCCCCUUUGACCGACGCUAAUUCGACCCCAGCUUCAGUCGCAGCAGCAUGUCCUUCGUUCCCAACUCAAGCCGUUAUAGCCGGCUUUUUCCCGGGAGCCAUAUUUGGAGCCGUACUUGCCUCGGCGGCCAUGUUCUGCUGGAGAAGACGUCGAAUUGGGCAUGAGAACUCUCAUGGAAAGCUUCCUCGGCAUAACAGCGUCUACAGCAGUACACCAUUCAGUAUAUCUCACCCUAUUCCAUCCGAAGAGAGCUCCUACCGCACUGACUUCCUCCUUGGUCGCUCCCGCCGGAGCUCCUCACGCUCAGUGCUCCACCGCACAGGGACCAGAGUGAAAAGUCUAUUCGGCUCGACCCCCAAAAGCGUCGUCCAUGACAUGGAUAAUAUACCCAAGGUACCCAUUACCCCACCGCCGCAGGUCAAACGGCAACCUAGUACCGAGAGCAUCAAGGUAUACACUCCUCCAGGUGGGCUUCUGGGUACACGGACGCAGAAACGGGGGCACUAUAUUUCUAUUGGACCGGACAAGGGUUUUGUGGAGAUGUUUGAUCGGGUCGGAUUCAUGAAUAAAAAAGGCGAUCCAUGCUUCAAGGUAGCCGAGUCUCCUAAAGCGAGUAGAUUCAAUCUACAAAUGCCACGGAACGUAUAAAAAUCAGGUUUCUUUUGCUUACCAUUUUGCACUUCUCAUGCAUGCCUUCUCUUAGCGUCUAGAUAAGGCGCAAUGGUGUCUAAAGUUAUUUUCUAUCCGAACUCUUUGGCCUCCUCUAGCAGAUUGGCUUCCUUCGUUAC